AUGGAGAACCUCCACCUCGCCAUCGCCCACCGCCCGCCUCUGCCAGUACCGGCGGCGGGCCACCUCCGCCGCCGCCACCGCCACCGCCACCUCCACCUCCACCACCUCCCCGGCCCACUCUCCCUUUCCUCCCCGCAUCAUCAUCGCCUUUCUCCCACCCUUCGCCGCCACCUCCGCCUGCCUCUUCGCGUCUCCCAAACCCCUGAUGCUAACCCCGAGCCCGAGCCUGAGCCCGAGUCCACUGGUGCGAAGCCAGUGCCGCUCGUCAUCUCCAUCGCCGUCGGCCUCGCCGUGCGGUUCCUCGCGCCGCGGCCCGUCGAGAUGAGCCCGCAGGCGUGGCAGCUCCUCUCCAUCUUCCUCUCCACCAUCGCGGGGCUGGUGCUUGGCCCGCUCCCCGUCGGCGCGUGGGCCUUCCUCGGGCUCACCGCCGCCGUCGCCACUCGCACGCUCCCCUUCGCCGCCGCCUUCUCCGCCUUCACCAACGAGGUCAUCUGGCUCAUCGUCAUCUCCUUCUUCUUCGCGCGCGGGUUCGUCAAGACGGGCCUCGGGGACCGAAUCGCCACCUACUUCGUCAAGUGGCUCGGGAGCAGCACGCUGGGCCUGUCCUACGGGCUCACCAUCAGCGAGGCCUGCAUCGCGCCGGCCAUGCCCAGCACCACGGCGAGGGCCGGAGGCGUGUUCCUGCCCAUCAUCAAGUCGCUCUCGCUGUCGGCUGAGAGCAAGCCCAACCAUCCAUCGUCACGGAAGCUUGGGUCCUAUCUUGUGAUGACGCAAUUCCAGGCAAGUGGCAACUCGAGUGCUUUAUUCCUCACUGCUGCAGCACAAAACCUGUUGUGCUUGAAGCUAGCAGAGGAGCUUGGUGUAAUCAUCUCAAAUCCAUGGGUAUCAUGGUUCAAAGCUGCUAGUUUGCCAGCUCUUGUUUCUCUGCUAGCAACACCAUAUUUGCUGUACAAAAUCUUUCCCCCUGAAACAAAGGACACCCCUGAUGCCCCAGCACUGGCUGAAGAGAAACUGAAGCGCAUGGGCCCUGUGACUAAAAGCGAAUGGGUUAUGAUUGGCACAAUGAUUCUUGCAGUCUCCUUAUGGGUUUUUGGGGAUGCUAUUGGUGUGUCUAGUGUUGUGGCUGCAAUGCUUGGGCUCUCCAUUCUUCUCCUUCUGGGUGUGCUAGACUGGGAUGAUUGCUUGAAUGAGAAAUCAGCAUGGGAUACAUUGGCUUGGUUUGCGGUUCUGGUUGGAAUGGCAGCACAACUCACUAACCUGGGAAUUGUUUCAUGGAUGUCAAGCUGUGUUGCCAAGCUGCUUCAGUCGUUCUCGUUGAGUUGGCCAGUGGCAUUUUGUGUUCUUGAGGCCUCCUACUUUCUGAUCCACUACCUAUUUGCAAGCCAAACUGGACAUGUUGGAGCCUUAUACUCUGCAUUUCUGGCUAUGCAUAUAGCGGCCGGUGUUCCUCAUGCGCUGUCAGCACUUGCUUUGGCAUUUAACACAAAUCUGUUCGGUGCAAUCACUCAUUAUAGUAGUGGGCAAGCUGCAGUAUACUUUGGAGCCGGGUAUAUUGAGCUUCCAGAUGUUUUCAGGCUGGGUUUUAUAACAGCCUUGAUUAACACGUUAACCUGGGGAGUUGUUGGAACCAUUUGGAUGUCGACAGAACAAGGUGUUUCUGCACCAGAUGCAACAGGCACUGAGGCAACUAAUCUCCUGAAAAGGAACUCAGAUGAUGUUGGAUGGGAGUAUGGUGUUCUUGUUGAUGCUAGCAACAAGGACAAGGUGAAGUGCAAGCUCUGUGACAAGGAGAUGAGAGGAGGGAUUCAUAGGUUGAAGGAGCAUUUGGCUCAUGAAGGAAAGAAUGUGAAGAAAUGCACAGCAAGAACACCACAGGCUAUGGAGGCUAAAGAGAAGGUUGGAACAGAUUCAGAUGAAGUUACAUGUGUUGGAAGUUCAGAGCCCCACAAAUUAGGACCCAUUGACAAAUGGACACGUGCUAUUGAUCCUAAAGCUACCAAGUCUGAUUCUUUGAAGCAACAACAGCUGAACAAGGAACUUUGGAAAGAAAGAACCAAUGAGGUGCAUAAGUACAUUGCAAAAUGGGCCUAUACACAUGGAAUUGCUUUCAAUGCAUGUGAUAAUGAUGAGUUCAAGCAAAUGUGCGAAGCAAUUGGACAGUUUGGUCCAAGACUUGUACCUCCAACUCAGGAUGCACUGCGAGGGAAGUUGCUGGAAGAAGGAUAUGAAAGAACCAAGAGUUUGCUGCAGGAGCGUGAAGCCGAUAAGAUGAAAAAUGGAUGUUCUAUUAUGACUGAUGCUUGGUCAGAUAGGAAGAGGAGAAGCAUAAUGAAUCUGUGCACCAAUUGUGCUGAUGGAACCUCCUUCAUCAGCUCUAAGGAGAUGUCACAUGUCUCACAUACCAGUGAAAUCAUCUUUGAUCUUGUGGACAAAGCAAUUGAAGAGAUUGGUCCAGACAAUGUGGUGCAAGUAGUGACUGACAAUGCCUCUAACAACAUGGGAGCAAAGAGGCUAUUGGAAGAGAAGAGACCACACAUAUUUUGGACCUCUUGUGCAGCUCACACAAUCAACCUUAUGCUCCAAGGAAUUGGCAACUUGACUCGGUUCAAGAAAGUGGUUGACCAAGCAAAGGCAUUUACCAUAUUUGUCUAUGGCCACACAAGGACAUUGGAGUACUUGAGAUACUUCACAGAGGGGAAAGAGGUAGUGAGGCCAGGAGUGACUAGGUUUGCUUCAAACUUUCUCACUUUGAGUAGCAUGCAAGAGAAGAAGGACCAGUUAAGGAAGAUGGUGGUUCAUAGUAGGUGGGACUCAUUGAAGGAUGUGAAAUCAAAGAAAGGAAAAGAGGCAACUGCAACUAUAUUGAGUCCAAGCUUUUGGAAGGAUGUGAAGCUAACAUUGACUGUUUUUGAGCCAUUGGUCAAAGUCCUCCGUUUGGUUGAUGGGGAUGUGAGGCCAUCCAUGGGUUUCCUUUAUGGACAACUACUAAAGGUAAAGAGACAGAUCAAAGAGGCCUUUGGAAAUGUUGAGGCUCGGUUCAAGGAUGUAAUAGCUGUUAUUGACAAGAAGAUGAAUGGAAGACUUGAUUCUCCAUUGCAUUUGACAGCCUAUUUGCUGAAUCCUCACUAUAGCUAUAGUGACCCAUCAAUCUUUGAUCAGCCCAAAAUAUCAGAAGGGUUUAUAUCUUGUGUUGAGAAAUUUUUUUAUCAUGAUGAGGACAUGCAGCAUAUGGCUGCCAACAUUGAACUAAAGAAGUUUCAGAAUAGAGAAGGACCCUUUAGCAAGAAGCUUGCUAGGAAUUUUGAAAACUUUGAUUACAACCCAGCAUCAUGGUGGAGACUGUAUGGAUAUGAAACACCAGCUUUACAGAAGAUGGCUACAAGGAUCCUAUCUUUGACAUCAAGCUCUUCUGGUUGUGAAAGAAAUUAG